UCAUCACUCUCUCUCUCUCUCUCUCUCUCUCCUCUCUCUCUCUCCUCUCUGAUAUUUGUUCGCUUCACGCUUCUCUCGGCGUCUUGUGCUCAAAAGUGCAUUUCUUCUUUCUCUGAUUCAAGAUCCCUUCUCUCUCUCUCUCUCUCUCUCUGUGAGUUUGGAAUUUAAGACCAGCGAAACAAUGGUGUACACAAUCUCGGGAAUACGAUUCCCUGCCAUUCCCUCGGUGUACAGGAUUUCUUCGAGCUCGAGCUUCAAUGGCGAUCGCAGGAGCACAAGCCUCUCUCUCUUGUUGAAGAAGAACUCGGUUUCUCGGAAAAUAUUUGCUAGAAAGUCUUCGUAUGAUUCUGAUUCCUCAUCGUUAACGGCGGAUAAAGUUCUAGUCCCCGGCAGUGAGAGUGAGACCUCUGCAUCUUCUACAGAUCAAUUGGAAGCUCCUAGCGAAGUCUCAGAGGACCCUCAGGUACUUGAUGUAGAGAAUUUGAUAAUGGAGGAUGAUGAGGCGGUUGAGGACACAGUUGUCCCCCAAUCCCAGGUGUCUGAUGAUGAUGAUAAAGCUCUGCUUGAAGAGACAUCUGAUCCUUUGGAGGUGGUGGCAAGUACUAAAACAGUUGAGACCACAGAAAUUAAAAGGACAAUUCCACCCCCAGGCGCUGGUAAAAGAAUAUAUGAAAUAGAUCCAGCAUUGAACAGUCACCGUCAACACCUUGAUUAUCGUUAUGGACAGUACAAAAGACUACGUGAGGAAAUUGACAAGUACGAAGGUGGUUUAGAGGCGUUUUCUCGUGGAUAUGAAAAUUUUGGUUUUACACGCAGUGAAGCAGGUAUCACUUAUCGGGAGUGGGCACCUGGAGCGAAGUCAGCAUCACUGAUUGGAGAUUUCAACAAUUGGAAUCCAAAUGCAGAUGUUAUGACCCGGAAUGAGUUUGGUGUCUGGGAGAUCUUUUUGCCAAACAAUGUAGAUGGUUCGCCUGCAAUCCCUCAUGGUUCUCGAGUGAAGAUCCGCAUGGACACUCCUUCUGGCAUCAAAGACUCCAUUCCUGCUUGGAUCAAGUUUUCAGUACAGGCUCCUGGAGAAAUUCCUUUUAAUGGAAUAUACUAUGAUCCACCAGAGAAGGAAAAGUAUGAAUUUAAGCAUCCUCAGCCAAAGAGGCCAAAAUCACUUCGGAUUUAUGAGUCACAUGUCGGAAUGAGUAGCACGGAGCCAGUAAUCAACACAUACGUAAACUUUAGAGAUGAGGUGCUUCCUCGUAUUAAAAGGCUUGGUUAUAAUGCUGUUCAGAUCAUGGCUAUCCAAGAGCACUCUUAUUAUGCUAGUUUUGGGUACCAUGUCACAAAUUUUUUUGCACCAAGUAGCCGCUGUGGAACCCCAGAUGAGCUAAAAUCUCUGAUUGAUAGAGCCCAUGAGCUAGGCCUGCUCGUUCUCAUGGAUAUUGUUCACAGCCACGCAUCAAAUAAUACAUUAGAUGGGCUGAACAUGUUCGAUGGAACUGACACACAUUAUUUCCAUUCUGGUUCACGGGGUUAUCACUGGAUGUGGGAUUCCCGGCUUUUUAAUUAUGGAAGCUGGGAGGUGUUGAGAUUUCUUCUUUCAAAUGCAAGAUGGUGGCUAGAAGAGUACAAGUUUGAUGGUUUCAGAUUUGAUGGUGUGACUUCAAUGAUGUAUACUCACCAUGGAUUGCAGGUAGGAUUUACAGGAAAUUACAAUGAGUACUUCGGAUUGGCAACAGACGUAGAUGCAGUGGUUUAUCUGAUGCUGGUUAAUGAUCUAAUUCAUGGGCUCUAUCCUGAAGCUGUUAGUAUUGGUGAAGAUGUCAGUGGAAUGCCAGCAUUCUGCAUUCCUGUUCAAGAUGGAGGAAUUGGGUUUGAUUAUCGCCUGCAUAUGGCUAUUGCAGAUAAAUGGAUUGAACUUCUCAAGAAGAAAGAUGAAGACUGGAGAGUGGGUGAUAUUGUUUACACACUCACCAACAGAAGAUGGUUGGAAAAAUGCAUUUCUUAUGCUGAAAGCCACGAUCAAGCGCUUGUUGGUGACAAAACAUUAGCAUUCUGGUUGAUGGACAAGGACAUGUAUGACUUCAUGGCUCUUGACCGACCAUCAACCCCCGUUAUAGAUCGUGGAAUAGCGUUACACAAAAUGAUUAGGCUCAUUACUAUGGGACUAGGUGGAGAAGGAUACUUGAAUUUCAUGGGGAAUGAAUUUGGACACCCUGAGUGGAUUGAUUUUCCAAGGGUUGACCAACAUCUUCCCAAUGGUAAAGUAGUUCCUGGGAACAAUUUCAGCUUUGACAAAUGUCGACGUAGAUUUGAUCUUGGGGACGCAAAUUUCCUAAGAUAUCAUGGAAUGCAAGAGUUUGAUCAGGCAAUGCAGCACCUUGAAGAAGCGUACGGUUUCAUGACUUCUGAGCACCAAUAUAUUUCUCGGAAGGAUGAAGGAGACAGGAUCAUCGUCUUUGAAAGGGGAGACCUCGUCUUUGUCUUCAACUUUCAUUGGAGUAACAGUUACUUUGACUACCGAGUUGGCUGCUUAAAGCCAGGAAAAUACAAGAUUGUAUUGGAUUCAGAUGAUCCAUUGUUUGGAGGCUUUAACAGGCUUGAUCACAACGCUGAAUACUUCACUUCUGAUGGAUGGUACGAUGACAGGCCUCAGUCUUUCCUCGUCUAUGCACCAUGCAGGACAGCGGUUGUCUACGCUUUGGUAGACGAUGAUAAGCCAGUCGAAAUUGAAUCCACGAAAGAUGAAAGGUUCAGUACGAUAAUUGGAUCUUCUUCCAACCAUAAGCAAGAAUAGGCAACAGACUAGGUAGGCGACCAAUUUCUCCGGUAGGUGUAUAGUAGAAAUAUUUCAAAUGGUUCAUUUUGUAAUUUCUUAAAUUGCGUGAUGUUGAGUAGUUGGCUAGAUUUUUCAAUCUGUAUAGCACUUACGUAACUAAUUUUGGGAUUUUAUUAAUUUUGGCAUGGUGCUUGCACCUUUUGACUUUUGAUGUCAAUGUUGUUCCAUUAAUUUCUUGGCGUUCUGGUACCA